CCCUCCUUCCCCCUCUCUCUCUCUCUCUCGCUCUCUUUUUUUUUCCUUUCCCUCCGUUCAACAUGUCGGGCAGGUCGGUGCGAGCCGAGACCAGGAGCCGGGCCAAGGAUGACAUCAAGCGGGUUAUGGCAGCUAUCGAAAAAGUACGGAAAUGGGAGAAGAAAUGGGUUACUGUUGGUGAUACAUCUCUCAGGAUCUACAAGUGGGUACCUGUAACAGAACCCAAAGUUGAUGAUAAAAAUAAGAAUAAGAAGAAGGGGAAAGAUGAUAAGUGUGGUUCUGAACUGACCACCCCUGAAAACAGCUCCUCACCGGGCAUGAUGGAUAUGCAAGAUGAGAACAGCAAUCAGAGUUCUAUAACAGAUGCCUCCCCCAUGAAACAAGAGAACAGCAGCAACCCAAGUCCCAUACCUGAGCAGAACCCAGUAAUCCAAGCAGAGGGCACUGAGGCGAGGGCAGAGGAACCCCAGGCCCCCACUAAAGACCAGCCCAGCUCUGAGGGCACAUCGCCACAAGUGGUGCCCAAUUCCCAAACUGCUGCAGAACCAUCCCAGAGCGAUUCAGAAAAAAAUGAUGCUCAGCCCUCAGGAGUCAAAGAGGAGAGCAUAGAGACCAAAGAUACUCAGGAAUCUGAAGACGGGGAAUCACUUCCAAAAAAGAUGAGAACAGAGAACUCUCAGCAGAGUGCUGAGGAGAGCUAGGCUGUCGAGAAAACUGUGGGGUCACUUUCCACUUCAAGGUACAUCAACAGGCUUCCUUUCAGACCAACCUUCACACAUUACUGAACACAGAGGAACCACUGACCACAGACGGAUGUUAGGUCAUGAUCCAAGCUAAUUUGGGAAGGCUGGACCGAUACAAUGCUGAAGAAUUUCUCCUGUGAAAUGCACAUUAUGGUCAUUUAUGUAUUUAAAUUACUUUCACUGUUAAGAGUGGGGCGGAUGGAAGAAAUGGACUCAGGAGGGUUUACGCACUGGUAGUUUAUAAAACUUGUCAAGAUCACGUUUUUGCUGCUGUAUUUUUCAUUUCUUUUAUUUAUGUUGUAAAAUAUUUAAUGGUACAGGUCAGAUUUACUGUGUGUGAAAUCCAUUGUUCAUGCCAUUCGGUUCCAUUUUGUGCCUCCUUUUUAAAAAGAACUUUUUGCCACUAUCUUACUGAAAGUGCCCUCUGUUUGCACAAUGCCUUGAAUUAGUAAGAUUCUGUUUAAUCAUGUUAGCAAGUGCAACAAACAAGUCUGAAUGAGUGGGUCCUUUUCACACUGAGUUUGUAACUUUGAAAGACUCCCUACAUAUCUGUACUCCAGAUUUGCUUGAAUGUGGUAUGAAGUCAACCCAACCUCCUUUUUUAAAAAAAAAGUAAGAAAGAAAAUAUCUGGAUGAAGUCAAUUUCGAUGGGGAGUUUUUAUUAAGCUGGUUUUAAAUUGACCACCCUGUGGAACCAUCGGUAAAAUUAAAACUUCAAAGUAGUGAAUAGUGCUAAGACAGUUUUCGUUUAAAAACAAAUGGCUGCCAUCUCAACCCCCACCCCCGAAAAAGCAACUCCUUUAUACAGCAUCAUGUCCUGUUUCUAUAAUAUAUAAAAUCUUUUUAAGAUUUCAGUUUAGAAAUUAUGUAGUUACUGAAUAUUCUACUUCACUACUGAUAAUCGUUUUCAAGCAUAAGCAGGAUUUGGUGGGAAGUACAAAUUCAUUUUUUUAAAUUAAGUAAGUAUAGAAAAAGAAUAUUAGAAGCUGCAAGGAUUCUCAAAUUACCUAACCUUGUGCAUUAACAUCAAGGUGAAACUCGCUGCAUAAAAGCUUCACAGGCUGCGAGCAAUGGAAUAACAAGUGAGGGAGGUGUGAAUAUUUCCACGGGGUUCAAUUCAAUUUCCAAAAGGUUGGUAGACUGCCACACAUCAUUCAUCGAGUGAAAGUCUUUACUGUUAAAUGGUUUUGAUUGCUUCUUAUGCCUGUGACUUUUAUUCCCAUCUGGCCACUUAUCUAAUACCUGAACGAUUUGUUGAAUGCUUGUAUUUGAGAUCCAUCGUCCCAACUUUAUCAAAUUUGCAUUGAAUAUGAAGCAUUCCAAGGCUGAGGUAAUAUUCAAGGUAUUAAGGUGAAGUGCACAUUGUGUUGCACUGACACGUAAUGGGUGCUUGCUUUUGAGGGGGCAAUGGAAAUGCAUUGUGCUCAAUUACCAGUCUUGCAAGUAUCGAUUUCCCUGUUGUCACUGUGCCUGACAUCAAAGUGUUGUUGAUUGAAAGAUUUGGAAAGCAUAAAAUUAAGUGAAUAUUUAUUGAUGACCAAAUCUUGGAGUUGGGAAGCAAGAGUAGGAGAGAGUUCAAAGUGUAUGUAGCAUUGCCCUGUAUUUAUACUUUAUUUUCCAUGUUCUCCAAUGUUUGUUUAGCAUUCAUAGUAGUUUGUUUCGAGAAUCAUGUGAGACAGUGAAUCAAGCAGGUCUUUUCAUUUGGUUAACAAAGUGUACUGUAACUUCCUUUUUAGCAGGGGUGGGGAGAAACUUAUUUUUUCCCUUAAUUAUGUUUUAUGGAUUUUUGGAAGAAAAAAUAUUGGGCGUUGUCUGGUGACACGGCUAGUGACUUACUCUGCAUGCACGAGUGGUCCUGUCAGGGUAGUGUAGGAAAUGCUUUGUGCAACACUAGAUUGAGAUGUCUCAAGGGGAUUGCAAGUGUCUCAGGCCAUGUAACCCAUUUACAGUCACGUGCCUGCAUUAUACAGAAUUUAGGAGUAAAUAGUACUGGAAAAUGUCCAACGAUUUGGAGAUGCCAUGAUGUGAAAUCAAUGUUCUAAUUAACAACUCCCAAUUUGUAUUUUUCACAUGUAGCAUUUCUGUGCCGUUACUUUGGUCACUUGGCACUUUUUUAAUUGCAUAAGGUUGGAUGCUGUGCGUCAGAGGGAUGUGGGGAAUGUUUGUCUUACUAACCCAAGCUGUGUUUCCUGUGUGCAUCAAGCCUCUGUGUUUAAAUUAAAUUUGGCUGACUAGAAAUGGGAACAGAUUGCAAGUAGUGCGAUCACAGAAUCAAGUCAACUGUUCUGCAGAUUCCCUUAACAGAAAAAACAGGUUUCAAUAGCAGUAGUUAGGAGAUACAGGGUGCUUCUUAAUUAAUUCUCGAAGGAUGUACUAUUUGAAAAAAAUUGCUGUAUAAGAACUAACGUAGGUGUCUGAGUCGGUUUGUAUUUAGUUUGUGUUUUUCUUAGAUGGUAACAUUGCAGAUAGGAACACGACUUGUGGAAAGGUUCCAUUUAAUCAAACCCUUCUAGUGUUUUUUUUUGUUGUUGCCAGAAAUAAUUUAUCCUAUUUUACCUUCGAUUGACUUCAGCUAUUCCAUGGGAUGAUGGUUUAGUUCUAAUUUACUGUGAUACUUUACAAACUACUGGGGACUGGCAACGUUUGUUACUUGUUUUCUUUCCGGCUCGGUUCCGCGGUAAUUGCUACUGCUCAGCUCUACCUUCUUGUAUUGGUUUUGUACACUUUGAAUACAUUAACCAAAAUAAAUUAUAUUUUAAUGGUGCAUUGAAUAAGUGUGUGAUGAGGUGAAGGAUAACCCAAACGAGAAAUUAAUGUGAGUAAUUUUGGUAGGGUAUUUGUCAGUUUCAGGACAGCUACAGUGAGAAGGGUACAAUUCAAUACCUUGUGUCCUGAAAGGGAUCUCGAUGAUGUAAACUUUUUAAAUGCUUAGCAACACUGAUGCAUUUUAUAGAUGUGGUGUUAAUUUUUUAAAGCGAAAAGUUGGUUCUAGUCUAGCCUCCAGAACUGAAUUUGUUUUUUGCUGAUGAAGCUAGCUUCUGUACAACCCUUUGUUAGUGUAAUUUGUUUAUUGCCGGUAUCUGCAUUGGACAUUUGUACAGUGGUAUGUUAAAGCUUCUAGUGGAAGGUGUUUCCACUCCGCUACAACGUAGAUUUUUUUUGGAUCCAUUUAAUGCAGUUGUCAAAAAAAGGAAAAAAGACUGACUGCUUCUUGUUUUCCUCUAAAAUAUAUUUGUAAUGUUGGAGCUUCUGUUACAGUUUUUGUUCCUCUUAUGUUCCCUCCCGCCCCCACCGUGAGAGCGAUUUAAACGCAUUUCCAUAUACUGUACAGUAUAUUGCUGGUGUGCAGUAUAAAACCUGAAUAAGUGUUUUAAGUCUGUAUUUCAGCAAUAGUUGUGAGUUUCAAAUUUUGCUUAUGGAAUUUUUUUUGGUGUUGCAAGAAAUUAAAAAUACCACAUUCCAAAAUGUUGUAGUCGUAAGUGCAGGCGCUUGUAUUUGCUAGCAACCCACAGGACAGGUCACUGUCUUGUGACUGUCGUUCUUAGUUCUUUAAUUCCAUGCUACUUUUACACCGAACUGUACAGACAGAAAAUGUCACGAAUACUGUCCAGCUGUCAACCAGAGGCAAUGUAGUUAAUCAGGACUGCCCAUCUUUUUAAAGGCCUGUUAUGAUUUGUAGAGACCCAAGCUAUCAUGGNAAAAAAACAUUUCCAACUAAAAUGCAGUGUUGUACAGCAGUAUGAUUUAUUUUUCUUAUUUAUUCUCUUACGUAUGGUUUGUACCAUGUACAAUGACUCUGUUUUCAUGAAUAAAAAAUUGUACAGCGA